AUGAAAAUUUCUCGGACAUUCAUUAUAUCUAUCUAUCUAUCUAUCAAUUCAAGUCUGUUCAUAUAUAUUUAUUUCUAUUUAUCUAUCUCAUUCUGUUCGUCUCUCUCUCUCUCUAUCUAUCUAUCUAUCUAUCUUUCUCUAUCUCUCUCUCUCCCUGUGUAUUCUAUUGAUAUCUAUCUAUCUAUCUAUCUAUCUAUCUAUCUAUCUCUAUUCAAUAUCUAUCUAUCUCAGUCUAUUCAUUAUCUAUCUAUCUAUCUAUCUAUCUAUUUCAGUCUGUUCAUAUUAAUCUCUGUCAGUUCAUAUCUAUCUAUUAAUCUAUCAACAUGUCUAUCUCAGUCAAUUCAUCUAUCUAUCUAUCUCAGUCAGUUUAUUACCUAUCUAUUUAUGUCAUUCUGUUUAUAUCUAUCUAUCUAUCAAGUCUCCCCCCCCUCUCUCUCUCUAUCUAUCUAUCUAUAUCUAAGUCUGUUCAUAUCUAUCUCAAUCUGUUUGUAUCUACCUCUCUAUAUAUCUACCUCGCUCUGUUAUCUAUCUAUCUAUCUAUCUAUCUACUGUUAUGGUACCUUCUUUAUUCGCUUUUUUUAUCACCGCGAUUUUCCGUUUCACUUUUAA